AUGGAUGUGUCACUUAGAAUCAGGGACAACUUAGAAAGUUUAUUGUCAGGGCAGAAGAAGUUAGUUGAUAUUAGCUGCAAUGUUCCACUAAGUUAUGGUCUGUAUUUAAAUUUACAUGAUGAUCUGCAGAAAAUGGGAAUUAAUAUACAACAAACCAUGCCAGAUAUAAUUAGGCUUUUUGACCCAGAUAUUGUUUUACCAGUGAAAAUUAGCAACUUAACAAAACGAGUACGCAGAAAUGUAGAGAAAGCUAGAAAAGAUGGAAAGGAAGUUCAAGUCUUGAGUACAGUUAUAGCAACACAGUCUGCAAAAUGUUUAUCAGCAGUGUUUGCAGAAAAGAGUGUCACACCACAAGUUUUGAUAUCAUGUAGUUUCACAGCCAGUCAGGAUAACAGUAUCAAGCUAGAAAUUAAGAAUGUGUUAGAACUUCGUAAUUUUCUUAUUAGAAACAAUCUUCCCUGGGCUAAUGCUUUAAAUUGGUUAAAUGUAUUUAUGCGGCCUAGUGCUGAAACAAAACUAAAUGUCACUGGAAUUAGACGCCAGUGGACUCGGCUACAUGAUGCAUAUUUAAAACUGAAAUGCAGCAAACAUCAGCAUGAGUUAGAUGACUUCCUAAGCAAGUCAUACAAAGCUCCAAGGACAAAUCCCAAUGAAGUCAGUGAAACUGUAAGUGAAACAAGUAGAAGUAAUCAAGAUCUGGAAAACAUUCUAGAAAGUUUGAGUAGAAAUCUUGCUGACAGUUACCAAGAAAUUAGCGAAAUUACUCAAAGUAUGGAAGAGCUUUCACGUGAGAAAUUAGCUGCACUAGAUAAAAUUAGUGAAAUGAGCAAGAAGCAAGACAAGUAUAGGCAGAAAUUGAUUCAAAUAAAUGAUUUAAAAGCAAAACUUGCAGCAUUAACUCCCAGAAAUUUCAACAAAAAAAUUAAAAGGCGAGAUGAGAAAAUAAAGAAGAUGACACAUCAGAUUGAAGAACAAAAUAAAGUGAUGAAAGAAUAUAUACAUGACAUAAACCAAUCAACAAGAGAUAAUGAAAUACUACAAGAGAAAUUAGAUCAGAUCUUAAUGGAAAAAAAAAACCUUCAGAAAAGCAAAAGUUACUGGAAAACAAAAGCCCAGUCAGCAAGUGAACACCAUUCUCAGAAAGUGAAGAGUAAUCUGGAACACGUGAAACAUUUAGAAAAUGACAAUAUGAAGCUACGUGAAAAAAUAGAAGAUUUGAUGGAUGCAAACGAAAUUAAAACCUUUGAAAAUGGAAAGUAUACAGAUAGUAUAAGACAGGUUUAUUAUGAUCUUUUGACACACAAUGUUUCGGUACAAAACUGCACAGCAGUUGUAAAGUCAGUGCUCAAGAACAUCCUGAAUGUUGAUGUUGAUAGGUUGCCAAACAGGUCAUCAUUGUCUCUUGGUUUCCAAGAAUUGCUUAGUGGGUCAGCUGAUGACUACAUGAAUGCUACCAUAGAAACAUUUGAAGAACUAGCUCAGUCAAUAGCUGUAAAUGAUGAAGAAAAAAAAAAUAUAUACGCACAACUAAUUCUUCGAAGCAAAAAUAUUAUGAGUGACAGACAUGUUGUGAACAAAAAAUAUAAAAGCAAGAUGGAAGUAAUGCGUGAAUCUUUAUUGCCUAUUGUUGAACAAAACUGGGACUCAUUUGAUGAAAAUGAAAAGACAAAAAUGAAAACUGUGAACCAUCUUCUAUGCGGAAUGCAUGUAUUGGUAAAUAUGGCUGCCGCAGCCAGUUCAGCAUGCAUUGAAUUUGAAAAGGAAAAACAAGAUCAAAUUAACACUGAAAAACUUGCUUGGUAUAAAUCUAAUCAGUCAUUUUGUUUUAAUUUGUUAUAUCAAGCGAGUAAAGGUUUUACUGAUGAGGGUUGUCAAAAAUCUGGUGUGUACACUGAUUUUGGGCCAUAUUUAGAAGAUGAGCUGAAAGAGAAAAAUAGAUUGAUAAAGUUUGAACACAAUAGAUUCAACGUUGCAUUUUACCAGGGAGCUGCAUUGUACUAUCACAAACAGCACAUUUCAGAUUUUCUGUCAUCAGGACGAUGUAAUUCUACAAAUAAACUCAUAAGCCAGGUUCAGACUGUUUUGGAUGAACAGGUUAUAAUUGCAGAGUGCAGAGCCCUUGGAAUUAUUUCUAAGCUGGUAACUGGACCUUUGAUGCGACUUCUGGAAAAAGAUAUGAAUUAUUAUGAUAUGAACAUACACUGGUUAGAAUUAAAAACCUGCCUAGCAGACAACGCGAUUGAUGCAACACCACUGUUGAAAGAAACAAAGUACAUUACCAACAGUUUAAUAAACAAGGAUGAAUCUAUGCUGCACUAUUCAAAGAAUGUAGUCCAGAACUAA